CCGAGGGGCGGGGCUGCGACGCCGGGCGCGACGGCCCUAGUGGACGCCUCGGCGGCCGCCAUGCAGCUAACGGUGAAGGCACUCCAGGGCCGCGAGUGCAGCCUUCAGGUGUCAGAGGACGAACUGGUGUCCACGCUGAAACAUCUGGUCUCCGAGAAGCUGAACAUCCCUGUCUGCCAGCAGCGGCUGCUGUUCAAGGGCAAGGCCCUGGCAGAUGGGAAAAGACUCUCCGAUUACAGCGUCGGGCCGAAUUCCAAGCUCAACCUAGUGGUCAAACCUCUGGAGAAGGUGUUACUGGAAGAAAGCACCGCGCGGAAAACGGCCGAGGCCCCGGCCCCACCGCCCGCCGCCUGGCCGCUCAUUUCCAGAGUCCUGGCCCGGCACUUCAGCGCCGCCGAUGCCAGCAGAGUCCUGGAUCAACUCCAGAGGGAUUAUGAGCGGUCCCUGAGCCGCCUGACGCUGGAUGACAUUGAACGCUUGGCUGGCCGCUUCCUGCACCCCGAAGCGACUGAAGCUAUGGAGAAGGGGUUCUCCAAGUAGGAUUCUCAGAGUGUGGGGAGGAGCCUGGCCGGGCCACAAGCUGCAUGUAGCAUUAAAUGUCUUCUUGUAUUGCAACUUGGCUCAUAAUACUGCCUGGCGGGUACCCGGGUACCUGUAUCUGGCUCAUGUUAGGUGCCAGGCCCCACUCAAAGCUCUUGACCUGGGUUGGCUCCCACAUGUUGCACAAAAGGUGAGACAGCCAAGGCUCCUAGCGGGGAAAUUGAGGAGGCAGAUUCUGAGUCCAGCCAGCUUCCAGAAGUGCUUCAGGGUGAGAGGGAGAAAGGGGUCGUUCAGACGGGUUCUGAGGGCACGGGCGGCCAUGAACAUUCCAGGUUUAGCCCACUGAGGAGAAACCCUCGAGCAAUACCUUUUCCAGGCCUGGAAGGGGAAGCAGCUAGCCCCUGAUGCCCAAUCCUGUCACCUCAUCCUUGGCAGGUCCAGCAUUGGCAAGGGUUCAGGUGACGGCCAGCCUUGGGCCCCCUAAGCAGCUGCAACCCGUGUGCACUCAGAGGGAAGGCGGGCCGGGGAGUCUGGGAUGUCACCCGGCUCUGGGGAGUGACCUUAGGCAAGUCUCUGUGCUUCGUUGGUCCCCAGCCAUCGACUCUGCCUAGUGAGGGCUCCUCUUGAGACUCUCUCAGUUUCCUUUAGCUCCAAAGCCUGGGGUUAGGAGUCUGCAGGCAUCCUACCCCUGUGUCCCAGAUACAAACUGAGGCCAAAUGCUGAGUGAUGGCCAAGCGUGGCCCAGAGACAGAGUGUCCUGGCCCUUAGUGUCACAGUUUUUCUCUGGGCACCCCCUUCUGCUUGUCUCCUCUCAGACACAAGCGGUCCGUGACCUUUAGAGAUGACAGGUGACGGUCUCGAGGUGACUCGAGCAGGCCCCUGUACCCUUUGCCCAUCCUCUGCCACAUGUGGACAGGGCCUCCCACUGUACAAACUAUUCACUGUCUGAGAGGGAACCUGGGUGGGGGCAGAAACUGGGGGGUGGGCCGUAGAGAUCGUCCAGGCACCUGCUACUCGGAGGAGGGCACCUGGGCCACCCUCCAGCCUGGGCCUCAUGGGGUAAGUGCUGGGUCCCCAGAUGGGGAGGAUGGACAGUGGCUCGAGGGCCCAAGGCUUUGAAGAGCAGGUGGAAGUCCAUGGUUCCACCCAGGAGCUGGGCAUGCACUGCCGCAGGGCCCAUGCAAUAGACUUCCCUACGCUUUCAUUUCUUUGCAGUCAGGAAAUUUUAUAUUGACCUUUUCAGUCACACUAGAGGUGUAUGUGAGACUUUGAUCUGAAAGGAACUCUAUUAGCUGAGCUGCUUUUGGUUUCCCCAUCAUUGAUUUAACCAUUACAGGACAUUGGUUUAAGCAAUAAAGGAAAGAUAUUGGUUUGCGAAACUGAGAAGUCCAGGGGUAUUGGCAGCAGAUAAACGAUUUCCCCAAAUACCCAGUUUCUUCCUACCUCCCCUCUGCACUCUGCAGUGUCUGCUUCAUCCCAGGCCUCUACCUCAGGAUCAGAAGAUGGCUGCCUGCAGCUUCCACCGAACCCCUCGGUCACAGCCAGCAUGGAGCACCUUCCCGUCCUCUAGCGUAGCUUCCUCCUCAGCUGCCCCAGCAAAUAAAUGUUGUCCCUUUUGGAUGCUUAGAA